UCUUGCAGUACUUUCAGCUGAAUGGGUGUCUUCUGAGAUAUAGUUGGUCAAAUGGACAGAAUACAACUCAUACACUUAGCAAUUACACUGUUCUGAUGAUGUUUACAGCGGUGUGGCUGAAAUAUGUUUCUCUGGGGGUGCUGGUACUGCAGAACACCUUAUUGGUGCUGACCAUGCGUUAUUCGCGGACUCUGCAUUCAGAGGGGCCGCGCUACCUGCCGUCUUCUGCCGUUGUGUCUGCUGAAGUUCUGAAGAUUUUUACAUGCAUACUGCUCGUCUUCAAAGAUCACAGUUUCAGUGUCUGUGGCUUGAAUCAGGUGCUGAAGGAGGAAAUAGUGAACAUGCCUCAUCUGACACUAAAGUUGGCAAUCCCUUCAGGCAUCUACACCCUGCAGAACAACCUGCUUUACGUGGCCCUGUCAAAUCUAGAUGCAGUCACUUAUCAGGUUACAUAUCAGCUGAAAAUUCUCACUACAGCCCUGUUCUCUGUGUCCAUGUUGGGUAAAAGACUCAGCAUUUACCAGUGGCUCUCCCUAGUCAUUCUGAUGACUGGCAUUGCACUUGUCCAGUGGCCAACUGACACUUCAUCAGGCACCCAGCAGAAGGAUGUGACUGCAAGCUCUCAUUUUAUGGGGCUGCUGGCUGUGCUGGUGGCCUGCUUCUCCAGUGGAUUUGCUGGCAUCUAUUUCGAAAAGAUCCUCAAAGAGACCACACAGAGUGUUUGGAUCCGUAACAUCCAGCUAGGUAUAUUUGGACUCAUGUUUGGGCUUGUAGGAGUGUGCGUGUAUGAUGGUGAAAGGGUGUGGCAGAAUGGACUCUUUCAAGGGUACAAUACUCUAACGUGGAUGGUGGUGGCUCUUCAGGCUUUGGGUGGGUUGGUCAUUGCAGCUGUGAUCAAGUAUUCAGAUAACAUCCUGAAAGGCUUUGCCACAUCCAUGUCAGUCAUUCUUUCCACCAUGAUUUCCUAUUUCUGGUUGCAGGAUUUUGACCCUUCCAGUGUGUUCUUCCUGGGUGCUCUGCUGGUUAUCAGUGCUACGUUUCUUUAUGGUUACGAGAGAACACCUGCAAUCAACCCUAGUGAAGAAUAGAAGAUGAGAUGGUAAAUAAUCCAAAACAGAGUGUCUGUUAAGAUGCUCACUUUCAGGUGCAGUCCAGGACAAGAGAACAAGUGGAGACUAUAAGGAUGCUAUUGGAAUAUAGCAAAUGAACCAGGUGUUUAAGGAGCAGAAUUGAGGACUACAUCCAACUAAAACUUGGUCUUCUAUGUCCUCUGUUGUUUUCAACACAUGAACCUUUAUUUGUUAUGCUACAUGGGUCCAAUAUUAAAUGUUUUAUUAUUGUAUAGCUCUAAUAUCAGAGACCGCCACUUCUUUAAAAUAGAGAUGGCAGAGAGCACUUAUCUUACUGUCAAUUGAGGGCAUUUAAAGACAAAAAAAAAAUUUUUUUUUGGCAUAAAAUAAAGUAGUUUCUGUGGCAGAGCCUCAUGAACACAACAAAUGUUACAGUCUGCAUAUUUAUUUUGUUUGCCAUUAUACUGAUAUAUUCUAAAUGGAUUGUUUAUGUACCUUUUGAGAAGCCAAUAAAACAAGACAGCCAAAAGCUGUAAUUUUUAAAUUGUGAAUUUUAAAUUGUGAAGUUUAAUCUAAUAUCAAGAGAGCAAUGGCUGCGUUUUGAUUGGUGGAGUAAUCACACCAAGUGGCAUUGUGGAAAAUGCAGAAUUGGUGCUAAAAGGAAUAUUCCGUUUUCAAUACAAGUUGAGCUCAAUCGACAGCAUUUGUGGCAUAAUGCUGAUUACCACAAAAAAUAAUUUCGACUCGUCCCUCCUUUUCUUUAAAAAAAAAAAGCAAAAAUCUGGGUUCCAGUGAGGAACUUACAAUGGAAGUGAAUGGGGCCAAUUUUUAGAGGGUUUAAACAGAAAUGUGAAGCUUAUAAUUUUAUAAAAGCACUUACUUUAAUUCUUCUGUUAAAACACAUGUAUUAUUUGAGCCAUACAUUUGUUUAAAUUGUCAUUUUAACAGUCAUUUUAGAGUUUUAGGGUUUGUUGACAUUACAUCACCAUGGCAACGAAGUUGUAAAAUUGUAUAUAACUUUACACAGAAAAGGUUAGUAAGUGAUUUUAUCACACUAAAAUCAUGUUAACACACAUAUUGUUUGUCUUGUGGCAAUACUUUUGAAACUGUGAGUAUUUUAACGUUUACAGAUUGGCACCCAUUCACUUCCAUUCUAAAAUGUUUGUGGUAAUCAGUAUUAUGCCACACAUGCUGUUGACUGAGCUUAACUUGUAUUGAACCCAGAAUUUUAUCAUACUAGACUCUAAGCAUGCAAAAAUUACUCCAGUGUUAUGCCAUUUUCAGUUUCCCCAUGAAAUUCUGUACGCUUGGACCCCAAAACGAUUUAAUUGGCUGAAAGAAGUUGUUUUGGGCAGUCUCUGCAGUGCCUGAUCCUACAAUAUUGCUUGAAGAUUUAUGUUGUCUUAAGAAUGGAAAUACAUAAAUUAAUGUCAUGUAAGCUAUCUAUUACAUGUUACAUGACAUAAUCAAAGAAGAAAUGGGCAAAUGAAAGUUUAUCUUUUGUGUUUUCACUGAUUAGCAUGCUAAGCUAACAUUUUCAGCACAUGUACUUCACAUAAUGAUAUUAAAAUGUUCAAAUUAGUGCUGGUAGAUAUGGUACUGUAUUUACUGGUUGUAUUUACGUCAUGCAUAGUCUAGUAUGUCAGCAUCUUAAAAGAUCAGACUGCAGCAAAAUGCUCAGUGCACUUUUAUUAGUACCUCUUCUUGGGAUUCCAAUGGAAAUAUAUUUUGCAUCAGUUUGUUUUAUAUAUAUAAAAACAAAACUAAUAAAAAAAUACUUGCAU